GUGAGGGAUGCUUCCUUGGUUGUUAACAGACACCACACACACCAUAUCUCUUAACAUAUGCAUACACAUACACGAUCGCACCACACACCAAGACAGCAAAUUCUCUCAUCGCAACGAUGGAUUCCAUGAAGCUUGUAGAGAGUUUGGCAGCCCUCCUUGCCGUUGUCUUCGUCUACCAUAUGUGGCCAAAGAGGAGGGGAGAAACAAAACGCCGACCAACCGAGCCUGGUGGUGCUUGGCCUGUAGUUGGCCACCUUGGCCUUCUGAGUGGAACCACACCUCUCCAUAGAACCUUGGCUGCUCUCUCAGAGAAGCAAGGGCCUUUGUUCACCCUUCGGCUAGGUCAAAUGCGGGUUUUGGUAGUGAGCAGCAUGGAUCUAGCCAAGGAGUGCUUCACUACAAACGACCAAGCCUUUGCCAGUCGUCCCCCAUUCGAGAGCUCCAAAUGCCUCGGCUAUGGCUGCGCUAUGUUCCCGCUCGCCCCGUACGGACCUUACUGGCGCGAAGUCCGCAAGAUGGCCACCAUCGAGCUGCUAUCAAACAAGCGACUCGAGCUGCUCAAGCACAUCCGAGUCGAGGAGGUGGGCUCCUUGGUGGAGGCCUUAUACCGCAGCUGCGCCGGCGAUUACCCGGUGGACAUGAAUCGGCGUUUCAGCAACUUGAGCAUGAACAUCAUGCUUAGGAUGGUCGCCGGAAAACGGUACUUUAAUUUGGACGGUGAAGAAAAUGAUAGUGAGGCAGAAGAGUUUAGAAACGUGAUAAGUGAGUUUUUCCAUAUGUUGGGAGUGUUGACGGUCAGUGACGUGAUACCAUGUCUGAAGUGGCUAGAUGUUGGUGGCCACCUCAAAGCCAUGAAGAGGGUUAAAAAGAAGAUGGACGGAUUUGCAUCGGCUUGGCUUGCAGAGCACCGGCGACAGAGAAAGCCCUGCAGAAGGGACUUGGAGAGAGAUUUCAUUGACGUGCUCAUUCAAGAGGUAGAAGACAGCCACUUGUCAGCACAGUACCAAACUGACACCAUAAUUGAAGCCACCGCUAUGAGUUUGGUAGCGGCAGGCACUGAUACGAUGUCGGACACCUUAGAGUGGGCUCUCUCCGCUCUGCUUAACAAUCGCCAUGUGCUGGAAAAAGCAAAAGAAGAGUUGGAUUGCAAGGUAGGGAGGGAGAGACGAGUGGAGGAAUCAGACAUAAAGAACUUGCCAUACUUGCAAGCCAUCAUAAAAGAGACAAUGCGCCUGUACCCAGCGGGGCCGCUCUUGGUCCCGCACCAGUCCAUUGAACCCAUCCAGCUUGGUGGGUACCAUAUACCGGCCGGCACCAUCCUGUUUGUUAACACCUGGAAGAUACAUCGAGAUCCGACAUUGUGGGCGAGCCCAGAAGAGUUCAGGCCAGAGAGGUUCUUGAUGAGCCACAAAGAGAUUGCUUUCGGUGGUCAGAACUUUGCCUUCAUGCCUUUUGGAACGGGGCGAAGGAUGUGCCCCGGCUGGACGAUGGCUUUGCAAGUUCUUCACUUAACUUUGGCACGCUUGCUACAGAGCUUUGAGUGGUCGACGCCCAUGGACGAACCAGUUGAUAUGACCGAAGGGUUUGGGCUGACCAUGCCCAAAGCAGCUCCGCUCAAAGUUCAACUGACUCCUCGCCUCCCACCUCACCUCUAUUAGUGAAACUGUUCAUAUAUAUUGCUUGCUGUUUUGUGUAUGCUUCAUGAUGAUUUAGCAACAAUUCUUUCUGUUUUACUUCCAAACAAACAAUGAGGUAAUAUAAAUAGAAACUUGGUCUUUCUUUAUGCCCUCAUGAUGGAUGGCGUUGCUACAUGAUGGUGCAUGAAGUAGUUGCACAACUUUGCAGUUUAUGAUGUACCCAUUUGCACCUGCAUUUGUUUAAUUUAUAAAAAUAGGCAUUUAAAUUUACUAUAUAAAUAUGUUCUACUUAAAAUCAAACUGAUCUCUUCAUAAAGACCAACAAAAUAUGGGUUAAUCCUCGAAAAAGUGUUAUCACAAUGCACAAAUAACUAUAUGAAAGUAAUCUCAGUCUUUGACAUUGAUCUGGUUUAGAUGUUGAUCUUAAGUUUGUCCCGAUGUUGAACUCGGAUUUAAAAUAUCAAAUUUGGGUUAGAGGUCAAAUUUGAUCCAAUUUAGGUGUCAGAAUUCGCUUUAGGGCUUAUGAUUUGAGUCAGAUGUCUAAUCUAAUCCCCUUUUGAUGUUGAAUUUGAAUUUUAAACUCAUCAUCUGAUCAAAUGUCUAACCUGAUCUCAUUAAUAUGUUGAAUUUGGACAACAAACCUGCAAUCUGGAUCAAGGUCUAAUCUGAUACUAUUUAUAAGUUGCAUUUGAAUUUUAGAUCUCGAGUCUAGGCCAAUGGUCAAAUCUAAUCUAAUUCAGAUGUUGGAUUUGAAUUUUAGAUCUUUGGUUUGAAUCAAAAGUCUAAUAUGAUCGGCUUUAGGAGUUGAAUUUGGAUUUUGGAUAUAGGGUCAAGAUCAGAGGUCUACUUUGAGUCGGUUUAGAUGUCGACCAAAGGUCUGUUAUGACUCUAAUAGGAUUUUAACUCAUGUCAAAAAAUAUCGAAUUUGGAUCAUUUAGUUUCACAUUAAGUACACUUAUUAUGUAGGUUUUAGUGUAAAUAUUUUUGUAGUUUCUACUUCUAUUUUUGUAUUUAUUCUCACUUCUUUUUCUGUUUUCACUAAAUCAAUUAGCUCUUGAAUAACCUGUUGGGUGUGUGUAUAUAUAUACACACACACACACACAUUAAGUACACUUAUUAUGUAGGUUUUAGUGUAAAUAUUUUUGUAGUUUCUACUUCUAUUUUUGUAUUUAUUCUCACUUCUUUUUCUGUUUUCACUAAAUCAAUUAGCUCUUGAAUAACCUCCAACAGCUAGCACUUAAUGGGUGUUUGAUUCACUUGGAAAUAAUGGAAUUCUAGAAUCAUUAUUCUCAAUUUUUUUUAAUGAGAAUUGUAUAAUCAAACAAAGAAUUUUGAUUCUCGAAUUAUAGACUCAUUCCAGCAUCAAAAUUCUAGAAUUAUAGACUCAUUCCAGAAUCAAAAUUCUAGAAUUACGAUCCCAUCCUAAGGAGUGGAAUUAUGAUUCCAGAAUUCUAGAAUUUUUUUCAUCUCGCUUUCAAGCAGAAGGCAAAAAGGCCUUAAUUCAUGCAUUCUAGAAUUUUAAUUUAUUUUUCAUCAAUCUGAAUUCUAGAAUCAAAAUUCCAUACUAUCAAUUCAAAGAAAAAAUAGAACUGAAAUUUUCAUUCCAAUUACAGAUUGAGGUGGAAAUUUGAUUCUAGAAUUCUGAUUCCAGAAUCAAAAUUCUAAUCUAUCCAACGCCCUCUUCUGACUCUUAUAUAUAUAUGUAGGGGAUUGGUCCCCUCUUGAAAACUAUUCUCCUUCUUUGUAAUUUGAAUUAUUCAUACAAUAAAAUUUGAGUAUUUCCAGCAUCAUUCUCUCAUGUUUAUCACCCUAGUGAGCAUUUACCUUGUUUUAUGUUGUGACUUAGAGGACAUUUCUCUCUUUUAAUAGAAAUUUACAUAAACAUGUGAUAUAACUUAUUAGUUAUUAUCCUCUAUAAUUUAUACCUAUAGUUUAGCUUGGUUCACAGUCUGAAACAAGGGAAAAAAAAAAAGCAAA